CUUUACAUGGAACUAAACCAUCAAAACCUCCUCUUUUCUUCUUUACUCCAUUCCACGAGUUGGUUAUUGGCACCAGUUUUGUAAUGAAGACUUCAUCAUCAUGGCUGCAAUCUCUGGAGGGCAAGCAUGUGUUCAUAACAGGUGGAUCAAGUGGGAUUGGUCUUGCCAUAGCCAAAGAGGCUCUCUCUCAAGGAGCAUUCGUUACACUUGUAGCCAGAAGCUCCACUAAAUUGGAGAAAGCAGAACAAAUUCUUGUCAAAAAUGGUGCUACCAAACAUAACAUAUUAUUCAAGGUUGCAGAUGUGGGUAUGUAUGAAACUUUGGCAAAGGCAAUAAAGGAGUCUUUUGAAUGGAGGGCUGUGGAUGUGUUGGUGUGCAAUGCAGGUACAGCAAAAACUGCACUUCUAGAUGAGGGCAGGAUUGAAGAUCUGCAUGCCAUCAUUCAGACUAAUUUGACGGGAGUUGUCAAUACUCUGCAUGUUGGGAUUCCAUUGAUGAAGGAGAGGACUCCCCAAACACCCAUGUCCAUUGUUCUCAUGAAUUCUCGGUCAGGAAUGUAUCCUUUGUACGCGAAUUCUAUGUAUUGUGCAACCAAAUAUGCUCUCAAAGGACUUGGAGAAACUCUCAAGCUUGAAUUGAUGCCUUAUAACAUCCGAAUAACCACAGUCUUUCCAGGAUAUGUGGAAACUCCCAUGCUUGAUUACUGUGGCUUGGAAGAUAAGAAAGAUAUCUUAGAGAUAUUUAAGAUCAUAAAUUUGUAUGAUCGAAGUAAAGCAGAGACGGCUGAGAAUGUUGCAAAAUAUACAUUAGAAGCAACAAAGAAUGGGACUUUUCUUGUCACAAACCAAUUCAGUGGUCUGGUGUUAUCCUCAUUGUCUCGUGGACCUAUGCCUGCAGACUCAUUUGGAAGGGCGUUUAUUGAAUUGAUAUUAUAUAUUCCCAUUAGAAUCUUCACCUUCUUUACAGCUCCUUAUAUGUAUUCUGUUAUAGAGCAUAAAAAUCAGAAGAAAUGAAAAGGCAGAAUUUAGAGUGUUUCUAAGAAGAAAAAUCAACGGAGUUACUUUUGUGUUUGAAUAUUGUUAAAGGGAAGUAUGAGGGUGAAAUAUGUAACUGGUAAUGAUGUAAUUUAAAAGGUAAUUAAUCUAUUAUAUUUGAGAUUUGAUCAAA